ACAAAAGCCAGUGAGAAUACAAAAUUAUAACAAAAUGACAAUGGAACUGAAGACAAUAUGUGAUUGUGCAGGGGGUUAAUUUUCAGCAAUAUGGAUGUAAUUCCACAAACACCUUAUGAACGACUUGCACCACUGCGAAACGAUUACAACAAACGAUUACGAACAUUUGACCACUGCUGGCCUGCUGGUGUACCAGUGACUCCACAAGCUCUAGCACAGGAUGGAUUUUAUUACACAGGACUUGAUGACAAGGUACAAUGUACUCACUGUGGGGGAAUUCUCAGUGGCUGGUGUGAGGGGGAUAUUGUGGCCAUGGAACACAGACAGCAUUUCCCUAAUUGUCCCUGGGUGCGACAAGGUGGGAUGCAAAAUGGCUACACUCCUAAUUCUUUGCCUCCUAAUAUGGCAAAUUUAUCAGGUUUUAGUGUCACUCAACAAGUACCUACAGGUGAAAAUUUCAACUUUCGAUACGAGUCGUCACUUGGACCAAACGAUGUUCCUGGUGUUACUCGUCCUAAAUUUCAGAAUUUUGCCAUGGAAUCUGCGAGAAAAGCCUCAUUUACAGGAUGGCCAACACAGAUAACACAAAGACCUGAAGUUCUCUCUAAAGCUGGAUUUUUUUAUUUGGGUGAGGGGGACAAAUGUAAAUGUUUUUACUGUGGGGGGAUUUUGUGGGACUGGGAACCAGGUGAUGAUCCCUGGGUAGAACAUGCCAAGUGGUUUCCAGACUGUCCCUGGAUUAAAUUGGCCAAGGGAGAUCAGUUUAUUCAACAAAUACAGGAGGAAAUGAACAGAAUGCAGAUUGAUGAUGAAGUUAGCCAUGGUCCCAUAGCUCAAGAGACCAGUGUGAAAUCAGUGGUUGAUCCCCCUUCAUCUUCGGUAUCAGAUUAUGCAGCUUCUGGUCCCUCUACUUCCGCAGCAGCAGGGGCCAGUAAAAUACCUGUUGCUGAGUCAGCUGCAGCGGGAACCAGUAAAACCGAAAACUCUUCAGAUAAAGAGAAGAAAAUGAAAGAAAUUUUAGAGGAGAAUCGAAAUCUAAAGGAACAGAAGCUGUGCAAAAUUUGUCUGGAUGAAGAAGUUGGGGUGUUGUUUGAGCCCUGUGGACACAUCUGCUGCUGUCCCAGCUGUGCUGCCCCUUUACAACAAUGUCCAAUAUGUCGACAACCCAUCAAAAAAUCAUUAAAGGCUUUUAUCUCAUCGUACAAUCUAGGGAAUACAAAUCUAUGUGUACAUGUAUAUUGCAAUAUGGAUAUUAUUCCACAAUCACCGUAUGAACGACUUGCACCAUUGAGAAACGAUUACAACAAACGAUUACAAACAUUUGACCACCGCUGGCCUGCUGGUGUACCAGUGACUCCACAAGCUCUGGCACAAGAUGGAUUUUAUUACACAGGACUUGAUGACAAGGUACAAUGUACUCACUGUGGGGGAAUUCUCAGUGGCUGGUGUGCGGGGGAUAUUGUGGCCGUGGAACAUAGACAGCACGUGCCUGAAUGUCCCUGGGUGCGGCAACGUGGGAUGCAAUUACGCAGUAUCAUUCACAAAGUGCCUACAGGUGAAAAUCUGAGCUUUCGAUACGGGCCGUCACUUGGACCUAACGAUGCCCCUGGUGUUACUCGUCCUAAAUUUCAGAAUUUUGCCAUGGAAUCUGCGAGAAAAGCCUCAUUUACAGGAUGGCCAACACAGAUAAAACAAAGACCUGAAGUUCUCUCUAAAGCUGGAUUCUUUUAUUUGGGUGAGGGGGACAAAUGUAAAUGUUUUUACUGUGGGGUUAUGUUGUGGGACUGGGAGUCUGAUGAUGAUCCGUGGAUGGAGCACGCAAAGGCGUUCAAGGACUGUCCCUGGAUCAAGUUUGUCAAAGGAUAUAAUUUUAUUAAACAAGCACAGGAGAUUGGUGAUGAAGUUAGCAAAGGUCUCAUAGCGGCCAGCUGUGAAAUAACUGAAGCUGAAUCGGGGGCCACAGGAACCAGUAAAAUAACUGAAUCUGAAUCAGUGGCAACAGGAAUCAGUAUAUUACCUAAAGUUGAAUCAGUGGCAGCAGGAGUCAUUAAAUUACCUGAAAUUGAAUCAGUGGCACAGGGAACCAGUAAAAUACCUGAAGGUGAAUCAUUGGUACAAGGAACCAGUAAAAUACCUGAAGCUGAAUCAGUGGCACAAGGAACAAGUAAAUUACCUGAAGUUGAAUCAGUGGCAACAGGAACCAGUAAAACACCUGAAGAAAACUACUCGGAUAAAGAGAAGAAAUUGAUAGAAAUUUUGAUGGAGAAUCGGAACCUGAAGGAACAGAAGCUGUGCAAAAUUUGUCUUGAAGAGGAAAUUGGGGUGCUAUUUGAGCCCUGUGGACACAUCUGCUGCUGUGCAAGCUGUGUUGGCCUUCUACAGCAAUGUCCAAUAUGUCGACAACCAAUCCAAAAAUCACGCAAGGCUUUUAUCCCAUAAUUAAGACUGUCAUAUGUCGACAUGUCAAUAAAUUUGAAGUCCACAUACACACAUAAUCCCUCUGUUCACUCAUGUCAAAUGUUGCUUACUUGAUUUCCCAAAAGAAUAGUAUUUUGUAAGUAAAAUACAAACAAUUUUAUGUAAAGCUGCGAACUUUUAGGAUCACCUGAAACAUGCAGAUAACCUAUUGCUAUCCAUAGCCUUUUGUUUCUUGCAGUUGGGCAUCAUCUGUAAAGGUUUUAAAGAUCGCUCAGCUUUUCUGAAACUCUAAUUACAUAUCUCUAUGCGUCUUUUGGCAAACUUUUUACAAGAUAAAACUGAUUCUUCUACCCAAAUUAAGAAAUUCAUUUCUCUUUGGCUCAGGGUGGAACAAAGCUGUACCAUGUAGUGAAAAUUCAUUAUAUCGAUCAGUUAUUUUUUAAAAAAAAAACAAACUUGCAUGUGGAUAUCCAGAAGACAAACCUAAUUUGUGAUCAUAAUAGAGUAUGUCUACCCAGUCAUGCUAAUAGCCGGUGA